GCAGCGGCGGCGCAGGCGUGAGUGUUAGCAGGUGUCCGGUCUAUGGAGUCAGUUCCCCGCGGCGUCGCGGAGGCAGGAGGUGGUGUCCGAGUGGGGGCCUUUGCCCCGCCAGGAUGUUACCGGGCUUGGCCGCCGCCGCUGCGGCCCACAGAUGUAGCUGGUCCUCCCUGUGCCGGCUCCGUCUGCGCUGCAGGGCGGCGGCCCACGGCUCCAGCGAGCGCCAGGAAUGGCAGAAUUUAGUGACAUUGGGAAGCUUUUCAAACAUGGUUCACUGUAGUCACCCAUAUAUUUGUACACUGAGUCAAGUGAAGUCAUACUCCACAAAUGUUCAGAAAGAAGGACAGGGAUCACAGACUCUCGGAGUGGAAAAAGUACCAUCAUUUGAUGAAACAGCAGAAAAUAUAGGCGCUGAACUGAAAGCUCCACUUAAGCAAGAACCUCUCCAAGUAAGAGUCAAAGCAGUCCUUAAGAAGAGGGAAUAUGGACCAAAGUACACUCAGAAUAAUUUCAUCACUGGAGUCAGAGCAAUAAAUGAGUUCUGCCUUAAAUCCAGUGAUCUAGAACAACUUCGAAAAAUCAGACGACGAAGUCCUCAUGAAGAUACCGAGUCCUUUACUGUAUACCUGAGAUCAGAUGUGGAGGCAAAAUCUUUGGAAGUUUGGGGAAGCCCUGAGGCUCUUGCCAGAGAGAAAAAACUGCGUAAGGAAGCAGAAAUAGAAUACAGAGAAAGGCUAUUUAGAAACCAAAAAAUAUUAAGAGAAUAUAGAGACUUCCUGGGAAACACCAAGCCACGGUCCAGAACGACAUCAGUUUUUUUUAAAGGGCCAGGAAAAGUGGUGAUGGUUGCCAUUUGCAUCAAUGGAUUAAACUGCUUCUUUAAAUUUCUUGCCUGGAUUUAUACCGGUUCAGCAAGUAUGUUCUCUGAAGCUAUACACUCUUUAUCUGAUACUUGUAAUCAGGGUUUACUAGCAGUGGGCAUCAGUAAGUCUGUUCAAACACCAGAUCCUACUCAUCCGUAUGGAUUUUCAAAUAUGCGCUAUAUUGCUUCACUAAUUAGUGGUGUUGGUAUUUUCAUGAUGGGUGCAGGAUUAUCUUGGUACCACGGAAUCAUGGGAUUGCUUAAUCCUCAACCAAUGGAAUCCCUUCUAUGGGCGUAUUGUAUUUUAGCGGGAUCAUUAGCAUCUGAAGGAGCAACACUUCUUGUUGCUGUAAAUGAACUUCGUAGGAGUGCUCGGGCCAAAGGAAUGUCAUUUUAUAAAUAUGUAAUGGAAAGUCGUGAUCCUAGUACAAAUGUUAUAUUACUGGAGGAUACUGCAGCGGUCUUGGGAGUGACAAUAGCAGCUACGUGUAUGGGCCUUACUUCUCUAACAGGUAAUCCACUGUAUGACAGCCUAGGUUCUUUGGGUGUGGGCACGUUAUUAGGCAUUGUCUCAGCAUUCCUCAUCUACACUAACACGGAAGCGCUCUUAGGGCGAUCCAUCCAGCCAGAGCAAGUACAACGGCUUACUGAACUCCUGGAGAACGACCCAUCAGUAAGGGCAAUUCAUGAUGUUAAAGCCACAGAUUUAGGAUUAGGGAAAGUAAGAUUUAAGGCAGAAGUAGAUUUUGAUGGACGAGUUGUUACAAGAUCAUAUUUGGAAAAACAAGAUUUUGACCAAAUGCUACAGGAAAUUCAAGAAGUGAAAACUCCUGAAGAACUAGAGACCUUUAUGCUUAAACAUGGAGAAAAUAUUAUUGAUACUUUAGGAGCUGAAGUAGAUAGACUUGAGAAAGAACUGAAAAAACGAAAUCCUGAAGUUCGACAUGUAGAUUUGGAGAUACUAUAGAUUUGAUGGAAUGAAUCACCUUGGAGGGAGCCUUGGACUCAAGUUCGGCGAGCCUGCUCUCCCACACCAAAGGAGUCCAUGCCAUUCAGAAGCUGUUUUUUUUUUUAAGAUGGAGGAAAUAUUUAAUGUGAAGGGCAAUUCAGCAGUCUACAGAACUAAUACUACUUCAUACUUCUAAGAGACAUUGCAAGUUGAAUCAAUUUGGAAAUCAUGUUUUUAUGUUUCAGUAGGGAACAUUUUAGUUAUUUAAAUUGUUCAUAAUUUUUCAUUUUACCCUGUCAGGGUGUAUUGUACCUUGCAAUCAUGUUUCCUUCCUUCACAUUGGUAAAAAUAAGCAGCAUCCAUAGGAUUAUGGUUUUUAAUUUUGUGACCACUGAAGAUUUCACUCCAUCAAAACCUGCCAAUCUUGAACAUUCUGGCUAAAUCCUUUUUAAACAGUCACUCUGUUUUUUUUCUUAUAGAAUGUGGAAAUUAUUUCUACAUAAUCCUGCCCUGAGCACUAAGAGGAACACUCUCCUAACCUAGUUAUCCGUAAAUGUUCAUUCCAGAAAUGGCUUGGUUACUGAAUUGAAGGAAGACAUGUCAGUCCACUCUUUUAGGUUAUAGUAGUUGCCAUUUUGUAAAAUUUUUAUUAACCUUAACCUUUUUUCUUUAUUUAGUUUAAUUUUUCCAGUGUAGGAGAUACAAAAUAACCCUAGAUGUUUCCAUAGGCCAGUUUGAUGGCUGUUUUUUUUUGUUUUUGUUUUUUAACUGGCUUCGGUGCCAUAAUGUGUAUUUACUAGGAGGUAAUGCAUUUAUAAGCAUUUUAACAUUCUGUAAAAUGAGUAGAAAUAUUUAUAAUUUUACAGACUGGACAGCAUUUUUAAUUUAUUUAAAAAGGCACUACUCAUGUAAAUCUGAACUGUGGGGUAUUUCUUGCUUUAAGAGACAGAGAAGUAAAUCUCUUCUUAUGCGGAAACUUGUGGCCCCGAUUUUGUAUAAUAUAGUCAAUAGUGUGUCUGUAAUGUGAGUUUCUUGCAGUUAUAAAUGGACAUUUAACAUAGUAUAUGGCUAAAACAUUAUGUAAGUAAAUAGUUUUCUCUAAUGAUCAUAAGGUAUCUGGGUGAAAAAACGUACAAUUCAGUAAUAUAAAAUUUAGUGCAAAACUACAGCUAUGUCUCCAUUCAUCAAAACAACUCAUAUGCACUUUAAAUUGUUCAGGUAGCAGUGAGCGUUGUCCAGGCAAAAGCAGUGGCUGGGUGAUUUCUUUGCUUGAUAAGUGAGUGUUUGACCUAAGGACCUAAUUAUAUGAGGUCAGUGUCUAAAAACUUACUUAGGUUCAAGUUUAUGAAUCACAGCAAAUUGUAAUGCUGGAAACAAAAAAUAAACAUUUGAUUAAAGGGUUUGUAAUGGUAAUUUUUUGAUCCAGAAAUGUCAUUUAUUGGAAAAUUAUGAAAAUUUAUAUUGGUGUACAUUUUUUUUUACCAUUACAGAGCAUUUUGCAUGUUGUACAUUUUAAGUGAAAUAACAUUCCAGUUUUAUUUUUUGAAGAUACAAAAUUGUU